CACCUGGAGAGGCUAACUCAUUGGCCCCAUUGAACUAUACAACCUACCCCAUCUUAGAAAAUUCCAUUGGAUUAGUGUAUAAAAGGUCUGAGCAUGUGGAGAGGAAAGCUUCAAUUGGGUUUUUACUUAACUAGUGUAAUUUCAAAAACCUUUUUUUCUGCUCUAUAAAUCUUUUCCCUUCUCGUUGUUUCACUUUCACUGCUCUCUGGCUCAAAGGCAGGGAAGAAGAAGAAGUAGGGAAAAAGAAAAAAAAAAAAAAAAAAAAAAAAAAAAAAAAAAAAAAACCCUUUUACAACAACUCUCUCUCUCUUUCUCUAGCUUCCUUAAAGACAGAAGCUAUGCCUACUAUUAGAAAGAGGGUAUGCAAUCCUAUUAAUGAAGAAGAAAUUGAGCUAAGAAGAGGGCCAUGGACUCUUGAAGAGGAUACUCUGCUCAUACAUUACAUUGCUAGCCAUGGAGAAGGACACUGGAAUAUGUUAGCAAAAUAUGCAGGGCUGAAGAGGACUGGAAAAAGCUGCAGAUUGAGAUGGUUGAACUAUUUGAAGCCUGACAUUAAGCGUGGGAAUCUCACACCACAAGAACAGCUUUUGAUCCUUGAACUUCAUUCUAAGUGGGGCAACAGAUGGUCGAAAAUUGCACAACAUCUACCAGGAAGAACAGACAAUGAGAUCAAGAACUAUUGGAGAACAAGGGUCCAAAAACAAGCACGCCAACUUAACAUUGAGUCUAAUAGCAAGACUUUUCUUGAUGCGGUUCGGUAUUUUUGGAUGCCAAGGCUGAUUCAAAAGAUGGAACAAACUUCUUCUUCUUCUUCUUCUUCUCCUCUGAUUAAUACCCAUAAUUCCUCUUCAGCUCCUUCUCCGUUACCCAAUUCCAACAAAAUUGCUUCUUCUUCUCUGCCAUCUUCAUGUCCUUUACCAAGCAAACUGACAAACACUGCAAACCAUUCCAAUGGAUAUUUGAGUUCUAUCACAAACCCACCUUGUGUUUUUCCUUCAGAUUCUAUCAUCCCCCACCUUCCACAGCUUCCACAGUACCCAACAAGUCCUCCUGAUCAUGAAUUUGGUAAAACUGCCUACAACACCAAUUCCAUCCAAAACAACAGUCGUUUUGCAAUCAGCAGUAGCUAUGACAUGGAGGGUGGUCUCAACCUGGUGGAGAACAAUUCAGGAACUGAAGCUUUUGACAUUUCACAAUUUGAUACCCAAAUGGCAGCAAGUGAUUGGGUGUUGGACAACAUGGCAGAUACUUUGUGGAACAUGGAAGAGAUAUAACAUGUUAGAAUAAAAAGAAAAUGUGAGAAGAAGAGGGUGGUUUUUUGUUAUUAAAGGAGAAUCCACCCAAUUGAUGGUCAUAUUGAAUCAAAUGAUCCAUAUAAUUAGGUAUUUUGUAUUAUGUUAUCAAAUAUUCCAUUUCAUCUGUAAACAAAAUUGGAAUUAUACAGGUGCAGUGAAGAUAAUAUUAGUGAAGAUUCUGUGUUGAAAAUUUACUUAGGUUGGAAAAAGUAUGUAAAUCGUUGGAGACUAUUUAAAUAUGUAUAUGUUUGUUACUUUGGUCAGUAGCAAUGCACUUUUGGUUGAAUCAAAAUAA